AAAAGAAGCUGUGGCUUAGAGAAGAUACAGGAAGUGAUGUAAGAGGAUGGCCGUGAUGUGUGUGCAAGUGAUCAGAGAGCGCUAGCAGCGAGCUGAGAGACCACAGCUAUGAAUUCUUGCAUCUUCUCAUCUGUCUGCAAUACACAUGGACUCAUGCUUAACCUGCACUCAACAGAAGAACAUUACCAGCCUUUGAAAGGAAAAAUGUGGCCUUUUUAAUAAAUGUCCAUUUUCUUGUAAAAGGUACUGUACACUCUUGCAUCAGACAUUCUCUUGGCAGUUUUCGGGUGUGAUACAGGAGAAAGACGUUAUAAAGGUCGACUGUUAAAAGGACGAUAUGAAAAAGGAGGAAGAAGCUCUGCAAUAUGCAGUCAUUCCGAGAGCAAAGUAACUACCACGGUAAUCAGCAAACCUAUCCACCAGAAGCUCACGGGACCUCGAGGAUGGAAGAGUACAGUCCCCGACAGCAGGCUCAGAUAUUUCAAAGCAGCUAUGGAGGACGUAGAGGAGGGACCGUCACUCCUACUGCAAUGACUCCUUCGGAGAAUUCCAGCCUGCAGAGUUAUCAAGCUUAUCGAAAAGAAGCUGGUGAUUUUUAUUAUCUUGGGAAUAAAGAAGGGAGCCCAUCUGGGGGCCAAACACCACAGCGCCGACUGCCGGGACCAGUACAGAGUUAUGGAACUCCUCAAGGAAAUACUAGUAGUAGCAGCACAGGUUUCAGCAGUCCCUACGGGAGGGAGGGCCACCACAGCCAGUUUGCAGGCCAGCAUUCUGCAGCAGCCAGUCUGUCUCAAUACUCACAGGAUUUUCCAGGGUCCUUUUCCCCUGGUGGUGGCCAGUAUUCAUCUCAUGUUCCUAGUCAACAGUUGAGACAACAACUUUACCAGUCACAUCAGCCCCUUCCUCAGUCUGGCAACACACCUGCAUCCACAGGAUCUUCACAUCUGCAGCAAAUGCAGCGUUCUGCUUCACUCAAUUCUGCUGGAUAUCCACUACGAGUAGGACAGUUUGCACAACAUUAUCAAUCUUCUGCAGGGUCAACCUCUAGUUCCUUUCCUCAUCAGAGGUUUGGGCAAUCUGGAACAAGCUAUGAGGGCUAUAGCCCUGGAGGUUCUCGUUCUCCAUAUGAGAGUCAUAUGUCAGGAUCAUCCUUUGGAGCACAACAAGCAUAUAGCAGUUAUGCCAGCCAGCACUUAAAAAACUUUGAUGCAGCUAAAAUGCCACAAAGUGCAGGUCAGGGACAACAGCAGCAGCAGCAGCAGCAGCAACAGACUCCUUCUCAUGUAAUGCAGUACUCAAACUCCUCUAAAUUACUACCCCAAAAUCAGACUGGACAGUACAACCAAUCUGAAGUCCCUGUACGAUCACCUAUGCAGUUCCAGCAAAACUUUAGCCCCAUCUCCAACCCAUCUCCAGCUGCUUCUGUAGUACAGUCCCCUAGCUGUAGCUCCACACCUUCACCUCUGAUGACUAGUGGUGAAAACCUUCAGUGUGGACAAGGAAAUGUACCUGUACCAUCCAGAAACCGUAUAUUGCCGAUGAUGCCACAACUUAGUCCAAACACACAUGUUGCUAGUUUUAAAGGUUUUAGUGCAGAAGGUCCACAAGAGAAACGUUUGACAGAUCCGGGUUUGAGCAGCCUUAGUGCACUAAGUAGCCAAGUAGCCAACUUGCCUAAUACAGUUCAACACAUGCUGCUUUCUGAUGCUUUGGCACCUCACAAGAAAGGUGGCAAACGGACUUCUAGAAAAACUGACAGUUGUGCCAAUUCAGAGACUUCAUCUCAAGCUGAAGAGCAACUAAAAUCUCCAAUGGCAGAAUCAUUAGAUGGUAGCUGUUCUAGCAGUUUGGGAGAUCCAGGUGAAAGAGUAAGACAACUAAGUGGCCAGAGCUCCAGUUCCGAAGCAGGCAUAAAGGGACUACCCUCAGAAAAACCACUUUCACCUACCCACGUGUGGCAAAAUGAUCCUAUAGGGAAGACUGCGAUUCAAGAACUAGAUACAGUGCCAGAGCCAGCAGAUACCUUUUAUGAAAUUCCUAAAACAAGUGAAAAAUCUGUUGGUGUGAUAGUUUCAAUGGAAACUGUGGCAAACCGGUCAGAAGUAGUAGUUGAUGAGGUUUCAACACCAGUUAAUAAAGAAAUUGAGCCAGCACCAAAACCUGAAUUGCCUCAAAUGGCUACCGAGGAAAGUUCUAAAGAUUGUUCUAACAGCCAGAAUGGGGAACCUAAUACUGCUGAUAUAGUGUCUACCACAACAACUAGUAUACCCCAAGUAGAUUCUCCUAAAUCUCCUGUUGGCACUGGAAUUGCCUUUAAGGAGGAGCCAACUACUCUCCGAAAUCCGACCAAUAUAUCACAACAGCCUAAAAAUUCAGAUAUAGGGAAUUUUGGGGGGCAGAGUGAUCGUAAGUCUGCAAGAAGUGACAAGUAUCCAAGCCUUUUGCAGGAGGUCCUGCAAGGGCACCAUCGGCAAGAAAGAAGAUAUGCUAGAAGCACACAGGACUCUACAGCUGUUAUUGGAAGUCCUGAACUACCAUUGAGGCCCAACAUUCUCAUGAACCAGGCAAAUGAUCAAUCUAAUCGCAGCAUCCUUGAGAAAAGUUUAGCACCUCAUUUAGAUUCCCCACAUUGGGGUCAGUGGGAUAGAAAAUCCAUUUUAGAAAUGAAGCAGAUAAAUUUGACAGAUUAUCCUGUAAACCGGAAAUUUGAGGCUGAACCACCAACCUCUUGCCAUGAACAAAGUAGUGGGCCUUCUGAAAGAAGGUCUGUUAUUUGUGACAUCUCCCCACUAAGGCAACUUGUGCGUGAACCCUUGAGCUCUCCGCAUGUUACUGGACAAGAAAGACCACCAGAUAGCAGAGCAGGACAGUCUGUUAUACUACCGAGUGGUAUGUUGUCAGUGGAAAAAUCAAAUAGUCAAGGUGGAGUGGCCAAAGGGGAAGAUAUUGAUUCUCCGAAGGUGCAAAGAAAGAUAACAGGAGAACAUUGUAUGUCAUACAACACCAAAGACUCUGCUAGGGGCAAUGCAAGUCCAAGAUCCAUUACAUAUGACCCCAUCCAGGACUAUAGUUCACAUAGCAGCCGUGCAUCAAAUCCCAAAAGGGGUACUGGGAGGUUGGCAACUCGAGGGAGGCCACCUGCACAAUCUCAAGAGCUUAGUGAGAAGUUGAAGAUGUCUCCAGGAAGAAGUCGAGGUCCAACAGAUGCCCAUCAUUUGAAUCCGGCAAUGAGUCUUUCAGAACGAGCAAGUAGAGAAGCUUUGUACUCUGCUUUUUUUCAGAAUACUGAUAGUUCUAGUCUAGGUUACCAUUCAAAUUCCAGAUCAAGUUCUUAUGGGGAGCCUCAUCCUGCAUUUACUUCUCUACAUUACAAAAGACAGCUUUACCAACAAGAGGAAUAUAAAGAAUGGCUGGGAAGCUCUGCUCAAGCUAUACUCUCGGCCUCGCAACAUCUUCAGGAAAUACAGCGGAAAAGCCCAAGGCAGGAACCAUUUCAUGUUCGCAGUCCAGGUAGGAAUGAAAAUGAGGGAGUAGGAUAUAGCCAACAAAGUUCAUAUCAGGAGUCUACCAACAUAGACUAUAGCCGCCAACUGCGUAUGGGUGAAGGAAACCCUAAUGUAACAACUAUUGAGUUGAAACGAAACAGUCAAAAGACUCCUCCAGUAGAAUCCUCAAGUUGGCACUUGGGACGUCAGUCUUCUCCAGUAAAGAAAGUUGGGUCUCCAAUAGGUAAAAAUCAGAAGCCAUUUAGCCCCAUAAGGGAACCUGAAACACAUGGAGCCAGGCAAAGGGAGUCAGUUGAGCUCCCUAAACUUGGGUGCAGUGCACAUCGAUCAUCUGGACCCGAGGAAGUCUCACACCACAACCCAUUAAUUAUGAGAAGAAGAGUACGUUCUUUCAUUUCCCCUAUCCCUAGCAAGAGGCAGUUGCUUGAUGACAAAGGGCGGCCACCUACUACUACUACCCCAAAAGAUGGUUCUGAUAAAUCACCUGCAUUACAAGUACUGCCAUCAAGGGGCACCGAUAGCGAAUUUUUAUCCAUGACAGAAGAGUCAUCUAAAUCUUGUACUGAGCAGAGGAGCCCCCCUGCAGUAUCACUUUCAAGUCCAACAAAAACAAAAAUUCUCCCUCCCCGCAAAGGAAGGGGCCUCAAGCUGGAAGCUAUAGUGCAGAAAAUUACAUCUCCCAAUGUGCGUCGUUCUACCGCUCCAAGCAGUUCAGAAAGUCCUGUUGAACCAGUAACACUUGAUGACAUCUUAUCUCUCAAGGGCAAAGGCCCAGAAAGUGGUAAUGGAUUCAAGCAAGAGUCCAGAGAAAUAAUAGUCGAUGUUGUACCAGAUAUUUCUAGCAAUGAGGAGAAAAAAAGGGUGGGACUUUCACCAAAACCCUUUAAUGCCUGGACUAUACAUGAUGACAAACCAAUUAAAGAGGAAAUUGAUGAACAGUCUAUGGAAAUCAAAGAUUUUUCACAGUCUGGACAUAUAAUGCAACAAACAUCUAAUCAUUUUAUUGAAGGAAGGGGAAACUCUCCAGCUUUGGAAUCAAAAUGUCCCUUGCCUCAGGUUCAACCAAGUGAAGUGGCUGACAAGGAUAAGCCAAUUACCCCCAAACAAGAGAUAAUACCUCCAAAAGGCUACUUUCCAUCGGGGAAAAAGAAAGGUCGGCCCAUUGGUAGCAUCAAUAAGCAGAAAAAACAACUGCAACAAGAGCUUAAGCAGCAACAGUUUCAACAGCAGCAACAAGGGCAAGAGCAACAGCAGCUUCAAGAACCGGUUACAGUAGGUUUCACAUCUCUUCCUUCACCACCACCAUUACCACCACCACCACCACCUCCUCCUCCUCCACCUCCUCUUUCUCCUUCACUUCCUCCACCACCACAAACACAGUCUGUGCCGGAGGAGGGAUUAGAGUCUGAACCUAAACCAAAAAGGAGGAGAGAGAGGAGGAAACAAGCUGGAACAGCGAGAAGAAGACGGGGUAAGCAAGCAGCUCCUAUAGUUGUCCCAAUAGAGCCAGAGAUCAAAUUAAAGUAUGCUAGCCAAACCAUAGAAAAAACGGAGACUAAACCCAAAUCCUUUUUUCCCUAUAUUCAUGUGGAAAAUAAGGAGGAAUUAGGCUUGUCCUGUGUUAUAAUCAAUGCUGAAGAGGAAGAGCAACGCUGGAAAAACCUAACAUCUGUACAAAAGGGUCAAAGUACCACAUCUCCACAGCCGACUGAGAGCAAAGCUCUUCCAGUCUCCAGCUUCAUGGUACAGGGGCCAGCUGUAACGGAGUCUGCAUUAAUGGGACACCUUGUCUGUUGUUUUUGUGGCAAAUGGGCCAAUUACAAGAAUCUUGGAGAUUUAUUUGGUCCUUUUUACACCCAGGAAUACGCGUCUACGCUAUCUAAAAACCCACCACCGAAAAAAUCAUCAGAAACUCCCAAAAAAGUGAAAGUUCGACACAAAGAUGCAGUAGAUGGUUCCAAGACAGACACUGAUGAAGAAGAGGAGGAGGAAGUGGAGCCUCAGCAAGCCAGGGAACAGCGCAGCCUGUCUGCACACCCCCGUUACAAACGUCGGAACCGUUCAGGAGACUGUGUCUCUUCUAGACAUGCUGUACCCUCACGUAGAAAGACCACUGACCCUUGUGAACUGUCAGUGGACUCUAGUGGACAAUUCACUGCAGAUGUAAUACCUGACCAAGGGUUUCAGAUCCCUCAACUACCUCUCGACAGCAAUGAAUUCUGGAUUCAUGAGGGGUGUGUCCUUUGGGCCAACGGUGUCUACCUUGUUUGUGGCCGGUUGUAUGGUUUGCAGGAGGCUUUUGACAUUGCCAGAGAGAUGAUGUGUGCUCACUGCCAGGAGCUCGGAGCCACUCUGGGCUGCUAUAACAAGGGUUGUGCCUGCUGCUAUCACUACCCAUGUGCCAUUGACUCAGAAUGUUUACUGAGUGAAGAUAACUUCUCUGUACGCUGCCCCAAGCACAAGACCAAGACAAUAAAGGGUGUGUCAGCGGAUCCACCCGAGCAGGGCUGAGGGGGGAGACGUUUGGCCUACACUGGGAGAUAGAAUUCAAGCACAGGUAAAGCAUUUAAGAAAAAUGGGAUCAUAACACCUUAGUCCACUAAAACUCUAUGCUCCAGUUCUCUGAGUGGACAUCGCCUUCUUUUCUGAAUAUUUCCACUUUAUUUAAACAUUUCCACCAUGAACUGUGGCAUCAAAGAACUUUAUUUCACUGUCUUCAAAAUCACCCUGGAUCAUUGAGACUGACUGACUGUAAUAAAUGUGGAAGUAUUAAAUAUAUAAAUAUAUUUUUAAUCUGAAAUGACUUUGAAAGAAAAAGAGCAAAAUCUCUUUUUAGGUUUUGAGAUUCAUUUUCGUUUUUAAAACCCUCAGACAACAUAUGUGGAAAAAAAGACUUUUAAAAAUGUAAAGAAAUAUUUUGUUCACUCUUUGACCAUUACUCAGUAUACUAUAGAGUUGUUUUCAUUACCUACACAAGCUCUAUUCUCUAAAAUCAGGAUCUUUAGCAUCCGAGUAUAUGAAACCGUGCAACCUUUCAAAGAUUGAAGGUUUAUACACAGUAUGUGUCUACUGUGUGACAAACCUUCUAAAUUAAGUUAGCUGGUGUGAUAACAUUUAUGUGUAAAUCCUGUACUAAAUGAAAUCAUCAGGCCAGAAUUUAAUAUGCAAAUUCGCCAAAUGCAGUGAAGUCAAAGUAUUGUAUUCUUUUGCUUUACAGCUGUAUAUUCAUAUUUUUUUCUACAUUGAAAAAUAAAUUUAGACUUCUUCAAAAACUAACCAUUAUAAAGUAUGAGUCGGGCAAUGAGGUUUUUCAUUUUAUUUUUAUUAAAUUAACCUUGUGUGUGUAUAUGUGUGUGUGUAUAUAUAUAUAUAUAUAUAUAUAUAUAAUAUAUAUACUCACACUCUUGGAUUUCUUUGGUAGAUUUCUGUUAAUUUGGCCCAUGCGAACAAAUGAGGGAGAGGGUGGGUGGUAACUUUUUGUUUGGUUUCACUUCAUGAAACCUUUAAUAUUGGAGAAUAGGUGUUUCACACAGGGAAUUUACGUUUUGCUUUUUUCUAGAAAAAAAAGGAAAUAAAAUAUACAGGAUUAAUAAAAAAAAAUAAAGUUCAUUUUAUUCAA